AUGGAGAGGAGCAACCACACGGUGACAGAGUUCAUCCUGCUGGGCUUCAGCACAGACCCCGUGACACAGCGCGUCCUCUUUGUGGUAUUCCUGGCUGUGUACUCUGUGACCGUGGUAGGAAAUAUCACCCUCAUGGUGCUGAUCUGCAGUGACUCCCGGCUGCACACGCCCAUGUACUUUUUCAUUGGGAAUCUGUCUUUUCUGGAUCUCUGGUAUUCCUCUGUCUACACGCCUAAGAUUCUAGUGAUCUGCAUCUCUGAGGACAGAAGCAUCUCCUUUGCUGGCUGUGUAGCUCAGUUCUUCUUCUCUGCUGGGCUGGCGUACAGUGAGUGUUACCUGCUGGCUGCCAUGGCUUAUGACCGCUAUGUGGCCAUCUCUAAGCCGCUGCUUUAUGCUCAGGCCAUGUCAAAGAGACUGUGCAUCUGUUUGGUUAUAUAUUCCUUUAUUGGAGGUUUUGUUAAUGCAAUAAUACUCACCAGCAACACAUUCACAUUGGAUUUUUGUGGUGACAAUGUCAUUGAUGACUUUUUCUGCGAUGUCCCACCCCUUGUAAAGUUGGCAUGUGAUGUGAGAGAGACCUACCAGGCUGUGCUCUUCUUCCUCCUGGCCUCCAAUGUCAUUACCCCCUGUGUGCUCAUCCUCGCCUCGUACCUCUUCAUCAUAGCCGCCGUCUUGAGGAUCCGCUCCACCCAGGGCCGCCUCAAAGCCUUCUCUACAUGCUCCUCCCACCUGAUCUCUGUCACCUUGUACUAUGGCUCCAUUCUCUACAUCUACUCUCGCCCCAGUUCCAGCUAUUCCCUUGGGAGGGACAAAAUGGUGUCUACAUUUUACACUGUGCUGUUCCCCAUGGUGAAUCCCAUGAUCUACAGCCUGAGGAAUAAAGAUGUGAAAGAAGCUUUGAAAAAAAUCUUGAAGUUAGCAAAAUCUGAAGUUUAAAUUGACCUAAAUUUCAGCAAUCAGUG